GGGGUAGAGUAUUUUAGGUUAAUAGUGAAUGAAUCAUUUUAUUAUAAACAAAAUACGUUUAGAUAAGUCAUUUUAUGUCAUUUCGUAAAAUUAAAACGCAUAAAGCUAUUUUUUUAUCGAAUCUUUUAAACCAGGCAUCGCGUUGGACGCCUAGUUCAGCGCAGAUCACUUUCACAACAUGCCGUUUAAGAAUUACGAUAAUAAUUCCCGCUUCUUGUCAUUUACAUUUCACAGUGAUUCAGAAUUAUUUUUUUAUAAGUGUACAUUUUUGUUAAUUUCUAUAAAUUAAUCUCAGUUUGGAAAUAGCAUUUAGGGUGUUUGUUUAUUUAUUUUUAAGCCUUGUUUACACUUAAAAUAAUGCAUCUUUAUGCAUCGUUAAAUAGACUUAACGUUGGUAACGUUACUGAUAUUCUUUUGCAUCUGGUUGAUGUUGUCGCUGAUGGUUUGUUCAUGUAAAGCGAGGUCAGAGAUGUAAUUUGAGGACUUGUCUGUUAAUCCAGAUAUUUGUCAGUGUUAUUAUUUGUCCGAUAUUUGAUGUGAUGGAGGGGUUUACAGACGGAACAAACUCCAAAACUUCUGGAAGUUUUUCAAUAUCAAAAGGAUAUCCAAUGGAGCCAUGGCACAGUACUCCUGUAAAAAAGAAUCUUUUUGCUGCAUUUGAGACCCCAGAUGUUUCCCCCACCAAGCUCCAAGAAGAAAACAGAACGAGACCAGCAGCACUGAGUUUGCAAGAUCUCUCAAAACCAUUGUCCUCUUUUUCAUUAACGGAGAACUUUCAGGCACCAGAUAAUAAUGGGUUGGAGGUCUCCACCAUGCAGAGGCAGCGUCUGGAGCUGCAGCUUCUCAUAGCAGAAUUAAAGGACCGUGACCAGGAGCUCAAUUCUAUGGCAGCGGCCCAUCACAAGCAGAUGCUGUCCUGGGAGCAGGACCGUCAGAGAGUGCUGAUCCUGGAACAGAAAUGUUGCCGAAUGGAGGAUGAGCUGGAGAAACGUAAUGAGGUGAUCAGAACUCUCAGUAGGCGGGUGAAGGUGGCGGAAGCGAGAGAGAAAGACUCGUACAGAGAUCUCAACACCACCCAACAGCAACUACACGAGCUGAGCCGGAGACAGAUGAACACCAGCAGGCAUGAGCAGGACUUGGAGGAGAGGAACCAGAGUCUGAAAUCCACAGUCCUGAUGCUGUCAUCACAGGUGGGGCAGCUGAAGGUGCGCGAGGAAGAGCUCAGCUCCAUGCUCAAACUGAAGGAUAAAGAUGUGAUUGAGGCCACGAAUCACAUUUUAGAGCUGUCUGGUCGUCUUUGUGACCUAGAGAAAUCACUUGAAGAGCUGCGAACACGCGAGAGCAAAACGCUGCAAGAAAUGGAGGAACACAAACACCGAUUCAGAGAGGAAAGACAUGAAAACGCACAACUAAAAGCUGAGCUUCAGGAAAAAAACAUUGAGAACAACAGCCAGAGAGAAGAUCUCAUCCGUCUAAAGCAGGAAAACCAGCUGCUGAAGAAGGAGAUCACUGCUGUUGAAUUUCAGAGGAUGAAUGAAGAUAAAACCUGGAGGGAUGAAUUUCUUGAACUAUCCCGAUCAAAACAAGCCCGAGCUGAAUCUGAGUUGGUCUGCCUGCGGCAGGUGUGUGAAAACCAACAGAAUGACCUCCAGCUGCUGAAGCUGAACUUGGAGAGCGCCAGAGAGGCACUCCGACAUCAUGAGGGUCAAAGGUCACGUGAGAGGGCUGAUUCUGGUUUAGGAGACAGUCAUGUGCUAGAAUACAGUGAUCAUCAAGGGACAGAACUAGAAACAGGGCUAAUGUCCACACUGGGCCACAGCUUAAGCCAAACUGCCCCAUCGGUUUUAACGCAGCAUCCUUUUGUCGAAAUGGAAACACAGACUGACUUUGGCGCAACUUUGAGCGCCACGAUCCAUGAAGUCGCAGAACAGUCAGCCAUAGAGGAAAGCUGCUCCGGCACCAACACCGUUAAGAACACCUGUACAACUUGCCUGUGUGAUGUCAGUGAACAAGGGUCAGCCAAGAUGGAAAUGAAGGAAAGAGCGAAGAACUGCGUUGAGUUGUUAAUCCAGUCCGCUCCUUCAGCUCUCUGCUGUGAAAACGCUUACAGCCCAUCAGAAGCUCAACAGAGUCAGGCAGUGUAUUCUGAUGCUAGAGCCGACAUAGAUGUAAUGGCUGUCAUCGACCAUGAUGCAGAGACAGGAACUCCUGUCUGUGUUGUCGAUGUGGAUAUCAAUCCCAGGUUCUCUUGCGCUGCAGAUGUGAGCCUUCACCUGGAUUGUCCCUCCCCCUCUCACCAUAGUAGGCGGAGCUCUGUCAGUUUACCCGAUUCUUCAAUAAGCAUUGAACUCCAUGGCAAUGAGGAUUGUUACAGCUCAUCCACAAUCCGUUUACAGCGUCUGCUGGCUCAGUCGCAGGAAAUGGUGGCAAGUUUGGAAAGCUCUGCCAGGAAAUCUGUCAGCCCAGUGAAAUCUCAAAGCCCCACAAACUGCAAUGAUGGUUGUCACCCCCAAAGUAACCACUCCCAAUCCUCCACCCAGAGCCAGGAGGAAAGCCAACCAUGCAGGGAAAGUGACUCCGAGAUCAAAAGCAGCGCACAUUUGCUACAAGGAAGCAAGUAAUCCAUAGAGCCAGGAGAACCGGCGGAUCCCUGUUCAUCUUCUCUUCCUGCUUCUGAAAAAUAAAUCCAUUUUUGGCAACCAAAGAGUUUUGCAAAGCUAACAUUUUUAAUCAAAAUCUAUUUUUAUGAUAUGUGUACUAAAAUAAGCAUUAGUGAUUAAUUCUACACAAAGCACUACCUCUAACUGGACAGAUGUUAAGACUUGUUAUUUAUAAACUACUUUCUUCAAGUGUUAAACCUGUCUUGCAAGAUGACAUAAUGGCACUGGUUGUUUUUUGUUAUUCCAGUUUCCCCUGUCAUCUAACCUGUUUGGUUUCUAAGAUAAUGAACUGGUAUGUGGCUCUAGUCUAGAUCGUUGUUUUUUACACCUGAAAUCCAGUGUUGUUCUCACAGCAAGGAGAACGAGCCAUCAGCCUUUUCAAAAGCCGCUGAAACACAGUGUAUUUGCAUAAUCUCAGGACAUUUAAGACAAUAAAGGUCUUUAUGCUA